AUGCACAGCCUGGGAGUGCCCCAGCAUGGAGGGGAGCGCAGGGCAGGGGAACCUCUUAGCUGGCUGGCGGGAGGGGGACACGCCGCCCUACCCCGCUGGGCAUUCGCCCUCACACUCAUCAUCACCAUCACGGGUGAAAUCCUGGGCAAGAGCUCGGUCAUCGCCUCCGUCCUCAAGAACAAGAAGCUGCGGAAGGCAGGCAAUGCCUUUGUGCUGAGCUUGGCUAUUGCAGAUUUGCUGGCGGCUUUCUAUCCAUACCCACUCAUCCUGAUGGCUAUUUUCCACGGUGGCUGGAUGAUGGGCUACCUCCACUGCCAGACCAGUGGCUUCCUGAUGGGUAUGAGGGCCAUUGGCUCGAUCUUCAAUAUCACCAGCAUUGCUAUCAACCGCUACUGCUACAUCUGCCACAGCCUGAAGUGUGUCAGGCUUUUCUCCAGUACCAACGCCCUGUGCUACGUGGGACUGGUCUGAGUGCUCACUUUGCUGGCCAUCGUGCCAAACCUCCUUGUAGAGCCCCUGCAAUAUGACUCCCGUGUGUACUCCUGCACCUUUGCCCAGUCCGUCAGUGCCCUGUACACCAUCGUUUUGGUGAUGGCCCACUUCUUCUUACCCAUCCCUAUUGUCAGCUACUGCUACCUGAAGAUACAGGUGCUUGUCAUCCAGGUAUGGCGCAGGGUGAAGCCCAACAUCCACUCCAAAAUGAAGCCCCAUGAUUCCCAGAACCUCUUAACCAGGUUUGUGGUCUUUGUACUCUUCGCUGUAUGUUGGGCACUAUUAAACUUCAUUGGCUUUGCAGUGGCUGUGAAACCAUCCUUGGGUUCCUUGAUCCCCGAAUGGCUCUUCACCUCCAGCUAUUUCAUGGCAUACUUUAACAGCUGCCUGAAUGCGGUGAUUUAUGGGGCCAUGAACCAGAACUUCAGGAAGGAGUACAAGAGGAUCAUGCUGACUGUGUUCCAGCUGGCAUACAGGACUGAUGGAGGCUAA